AUGUCACUGAUGGAAGGCGCUUACUCGAUGCCAACGCAACGGUUGCAACCCGUGAUGGGCGCCGAUCGAACCCCGCUCGUGCUCGUCGCAUGCGGAUCCUUCUCCCCCUUGACGUUCUUGCAUUUGCGCAUGUUCGAGGUGGGUGCUACUCUUACUUCUGGUGGGAUUACUGGGUCGAGGUGUCUGGGUACUGCGAUAGAAUGGUAGGGUGGUGCAGCGCGGGAUCGCACUGCCCCGCUUCGGUCGCCGUCGAACGGAGAUCGCGUGAUUUGACUCUUUGCCCGCUCCCCUCGGUCAAGUGACUCUUUGCCGGGUGUGAAACGCGUGAUCGUUUUCACCGCGUCGCCAUAACGGAGUGCAACUUUUGAAAAACACAUGCUGAACCCAUUAAACACUUUGACUACAGAUGGCUAGAGACCACGCCCAUUUUCACACCAACUUUAGCGUCAUCGGCGGAUACCUCUCCCCCGUGAACGACGCCUACGCCAAACCAGGCCUCGCCUCCGCCUUGGACCGCGUCAACAUGUGCGACCUCGCCGUCAGGGACACGUCCGAAUGGAUCAUGGUCGACCCUUGGGAAGCGCGACAACCGACCUACCUCCCCACCGCGCAGGUGUUGGAUCAUUUCGAUCACGAGCUGAACACCGUUCGAGGAGGCGCGGAUUGCUUGAUCGUCGAUCCGGUCACGGGUUUGACCAAGGUCGAGAAGAGGAGGGUGAGGAUCAUGCUUCUUGCGGGAAGUGAUUUGAUCUUGACCAUGUCCGAACCGGGCGUAUGGGCCGAAAAGGAUGUAAGUUCGCGUGCCGAAGGCGCGGUCAGAGAAUUAUGCACCUGAAUUGACCCUUACCCCCCUUCCCAACCAGCUGCACCAUAUCCUCGGUCGUUACGGCUGCUACAUCAUCGAACGCUCCGAAUCCGAAAUCGACAAGUCCAUCUUCUCCUCCUCGUCCGUUCACUCGCGAUCCCCGCUCGCCUUGUACAGGGACAACAUCCACAUGGUCGACCAACUCGUACGCAACGACGUAUCGUCGACCAAGGUGCGCAUGUUCUUGAGGAAGGGCAUGUCGGUCGAAUAUUUGAUACCCGGGGUCGUGAUCAAGUAUAUUCAGAGGCAUGGGCUGUAUAGGGCUUCGGAUAGGGUGAGGGUGGAGCCGAAUAGGAGUGGGCAAGAGGUUGGUGCGGGAGGGGAGCGGGAGGGGAGGGAGAGGGAGGUCGAGGCGGAGAGGGAACGAGAGAGGGCUAGAGAGAGGGAGAGGACACGGAGGGAAGAGGAUGGUUUGGCGGAGAGGAGAGAUCGAUGA